UGAGGGGUUGAGCAAUCACGUCCCGGAGACCGGCAGCACUUGCAACAUGGCUGACCAACUGACCGAAGAGCAGAUUGCAGAAUGCAAAGAAGCUUUUUCGGUGUUUGACAAGGAUGGUGAUGGAACUAUAACAACAAAGGAAUUCGGAACUGUGAUGAGGUCUCUUGGGCGGAAUCCCACAGAAGCAGAGUUACAGGGCAUGAUAAAUGAGGUGGACGUCGAUGGUAACGGCACCAUUGACUUCCUGGAAUUCCUGACAAUGAUGGCAAGAAAAAUGAAAGACACAGACAGUGAAGAAGAAAUCAGAGAAGCAUUCCGUGUGUUUGACAAGGACGGCAAUGGCUUUAUCAGUGCAGCAGAACUUCGCCACGUGAUGACAAACCUUGGAGAGAAGUUAACAGACGAAGAAGUUGAUGAAAUGAUCAGGGAAGCAGAUAUUGACGGUGAUGGGCAAGUAAACUACGAAAAGUUUGUCCAAAUGAUGACAGCAAAGUAAAGACAUUGUACGGGAUGUGUUAAGUCUCUUGUGCAUUAUUUGCCUUUUCUUUGUUUGUAACUUAUCAGUGAAA